AGGUAAUUAAUCUCUACGCUUCUCUCUCUGCAAUUACUCCUUGAGAGCAUCUCUCUCUAGAACAUUGAGUAUUGCUGACUUGAGCGUUGGAGUGUUUUCCCCGAGGAAACAUCCUCGGGAUUUUCAGGUGUAGAAGCAGCUGAGGACUUCAACAGUGUUGGAUUGUGAAGCUGCCGAAACAUUGGCGCCGUCUGUGGGAAACCUGAACAAAAAGUUGCGUAGCUUAACCUUCCGAAAGACAAAAUGGUUCGGACUUUUACAGGAGAUCGCCCCCCAAGAACUGGGGUGGACGAACAGGAGGACACUCAGUUAUCUGAGCCCGGUUUGAAUGACUUUAGGCCAAUGCCGAGAAACCUUUUCGUUGGGGGAGCUGAACAGGAUCACCUCAGUGAAACAGAUGACGAAAGAACACCAACGGGGUAUGCAACCCAGCCUGAACAGUUCCAAGUUCCAGCGGGAGCAAGACAAAGACCUUCUAGACCGCGCAACUUACAGCAUGAACGACCUGAAAGGUCAGCAGAACCUGCUCGGACAGCCGAGCUCGAAGAGAGAACCCGAGUUCUCGAAAUGGCAAUGGGUAAAAUCCUAGCCCGUCUGAUUCCUGAUGACCCCCUGAUUCCUUUGUUGAACAGGGAUACACAACCAGCUGCGGUUGUUGCAACGAGAAAUUCCCCCGCUCUAAGCAACAUAAUAGUACCGACCAGGCCGAGGGGAAGGGGGAAGCUGAAUAUCGAGCCCAGCUCGUCUAAACAUAGUGAAGAACUGAUGCGAAAAAACGCAGACCUGGAGAGGCAGUUACAAGACGUACAAAAGUCUAUUGACGAGCUGAAAAGUCCCAGGUCGCAUCAACAGACUCUGGAUUUAGAUAGCGCCCCGCUAAACUUAUCCGUCACAGCAGAGCCGUACCAAGAGGGAUUCAAAAUCCCCCACUUAGAGACGUACGACGGCUCGGGUGACCCGGAUGAACAUUUGCACACCUACCAGGCCAUCAUGAGAAUCCAAAAUGCUAACGAUGCCAUGAUGUGCAAGGUAUUCCCGGCAACCCUGAAGUCAACAGCCAGAAGAUGGUACCAUAAACUCCCCAGACAUUCUAUAGAUUCCUACUCCCAGCUCGCCAAGCUGUUCUCCAACAAAUUCGCAAGCCAAAGGGAGAUUAAACGCACAGCUACCGAGCUAAUGCAAGUUCACCAGAAAGAGGGGGAAUCUUUGAGGGACUACAUGCAGCGAUUUAACAAAGCUACUUUAGAUAUCGAUAACGUCCCUGAUACCAUCUGCUUGUCUGCCCUGCUGCACGGUCUGAAACGUGGCAGGUUCUUAGAUGACCUACUGGAAAAUCCACCAAAGACGUGGAAUGAAGUCAAUGACAGGUCAGCUAGCUUUAUACUGUCGGAGGACUUUCAGUCGUCGAAGCGACGAGCUGAUGACAAACAAAGCAAAGGCCAGGAACAGAUACCAAGAAGAGAGGAUAGGAAAAAACAAAAAGUCAAUGAGCCGUGGGGGAAGCCAGCUGAAUUCCCAAAAUAUGCUAACUACGUCCCUCUGACCUUGCCAAGAUCUCAAAUCCUGGCACAAAUCCAACACUGGAUUAGAAGGCCCCCACCCCCGUUGCACGAUUCCCCGAGAGCAGACAAGAGCAAGCAUUGUGACUAUCAUCGUGUAUACGGUCACAACACCGAAGACUGCCAACACUUAAAGGACGAGAUGGAGUUCUUGGCUCGCACUGGGAAAUUAGAGGGAUAUGGGCAGAGGUACCAGCUCGGUAACACACAGGGCGUGUAUCCAGACAACCAAUAUCCUUCUGAGCAAGGUAGAACGUACAGGGGCCGCCAAUUCAAUAGGCGAGGCCAAGGUCAGGGACCUGUCACUCAAAACCAGAAAGAUAGGAGAGGAGUCGGGUGCAGUGCGAUACCCCCGCCGUCUGGCACGAUCAACAUGAUCUCUGGUGGUAUGCACUCAGGGGGCCAAAGUGCCCGGGCACGCAAGGCAUACGCCCGACAGGUGAUGACGGUUAACAAAAACAGGCCUCUGAAGCGACCAUUCGAGGAGGCGGAGUGGGAGAGCGCACCCAUUACAUUCAGCCCGGCAGAUUACAAGCGACCAGAUGGAGAGCCCGACGUCAUGAUGCCACAUGCGGAUCCUUUUGUGGCAACGGUUCAUAUAGGCAACCAUAAUGUCAAUAAGGUCUUCGUCGAUACGGGUAGCUCACCAGAUAUCCUGUACUGGAGUUGCUUCCAGAAAAUGCAGCUAAAUCCCAGCUCGCUGCAAAAGCACGAAGGGCCUAUAUAUGGGUUUGACAAUCAGCCCGUGCCGGUUGAAGGAGUAAUUACCCUUCCCAUCUAUGUGGGCUCGGAACCAAGAUUCAGAAUGGCUUCUGUCACCUUCCUGGUCGUCAAGAUGGAGUCAACUUUCAACGCUAUAUUAGGAAGAGCCACUCUCUGCGAGCUGAAGGCUGUCAUAUCACAACCCCAUCUUUGUAUGAAAUUCCCAACCCCUCAGGGGGUAGGAGUACUCAAAGGAAAUCAAAAGAUGGCCAGAGCGUGUUAUCAAGACACAUUUAAGAAAGUGGAGCUCGCCGUAGCCCUGAGAGGCGCAGAAAAUAGUCAACCGACUCAGCCCGGUCAGCAGACAAUGAGCAUAUCGGACAUUGAGCAUAGACCCGAGGGAGUCGAGCAGAAAGCAGAGCCGGUAGAGCCAGUCGAAACCGUUCCUUUAAACCCUGAUGUGCCGGAAAGAGCAGUCAAGAUCGGCACCAAGCUCACAAAAGAAGAACGAGCAGAGCUCCUGGAGUUUUUGAGGAUCAAUCAAGAUGUGUUCGCAUGGACUACUGACGAAAUGCCUGGCAUCCCAGCGGAGCUGACAGUCCACAAACUCAGCACGGACCCCACCAGAAGGCCAGUGGUGCAGAAACGUCGCCUUUUGGGCCCGGAGAAGCAGGCUGCCAUAGACGAAGAGAUACGGAAGUUGCUACAAGCGGGUUUCAUCAGGAGAGUGGAGUACUCCGAGUGGGUAUCCAACCCCGUGCUCGUCAAAAAGCCAAAUGGCAAGUGGAGGAUGUGUAUUGACUUCACUAACCUCAAUGACGCAUGUCCAAAAGACCCUCAUCCUUUGCCAAAUGUGGAGAAAUUAGUGGAGCGGGCAGCUGGGCAUGAACGGAUGAGUUUUCUUGACGCCAGCUCGGGCUAUCACCAGGUUCAAUUGCUAUUGAACGACCAGGAGAAGACAGCUUUUUACGCUGGGGAUGCAAUCUACUGUUAUGUCAUGAUGCCAUUCGGCCUCAAAAAUGCUGGAGCAACAUACCAGAAGCUGGUGCAAAUCAUCUUUAAGCUCCAGAUCGGCAAAAACAUAGAGGUAUAUGUGGAUGACAUGAUAGUCACCAGUAUACGAGCUGAGGAUCACAUAGGCGACCUGGAUGAAACUUUUCAAAACCUGCGCCGAGCCCAAAUGAAGUUGAACCCUUUGAAAUGCACGUUUGCUGUGGAAUCAGGGAAAUUCCUAGGAUACGUGGUAUCCAAGAAAGGGAUUGAAGUAAACCCAGAGAAGGUCCAGGCCGUUCAGCAGAUGGAGCCACCCAAGACCGUGAAAGACGUACAGCGUCUGACAGGUCGGGUAGCUGCGUUGCACAGGUUUAUAGCCAGAUUGGCAGAAAAAUGCCUUCCAUCCUUCAAAGCUCUGAGGGAGCCUAAGAACUUCCACUGGACUGUUGAAUGUCGACAGGCGUUUGACGAGCUCAAACAGUACUUAGCAUCCCCCCCUUUGCUGUCCAAACCUGUCGAUGGGGAGUGUUUAUAUCUUUAUCUGGGGGUCACCGAAGAAGCAGUGAGUUCAGUGCUACUGAGGGAAGAGAACAAGAAUCAGAAACCUAUCUGCUAUGUGAGCAGGGUGUUACAAGGUGCCGAGCUGAACUACCCGCUAACGGAAAAGGCUGCUUUUGCUUUAGUCUGCACAGCUCGUAAGCUGAGGGCUUAUUUUCAAUCGCAUCAGAUUGUCGUCUAUAUUGAUUUCCCGCUAAGAAAAAUAUUACAGAAGCCAGAACUCUCUGGUCGGCUCAUCGGAUGGAGUGUCGAGCUGAGUGAGUACGACCUGAAAUUUCAGCCACGCACAACUAUAAAAGGCCAAGCUGUAGCAGACUUCUUGGUCGAAUGUGUCCCGGCAGCUGUGAAGGAAAAGGCACCUGAACACCCAGUUUGGGUUUUAUAUGUAGAUGGGGCGGCUAAUGUCGAAGGAUCGGGUGUUGGAGCGGUGUUAUUAGGUCCUGACGGCUUUAAGACCGAGCACUCGCUAAGGUUUAAAUUUCAGACGACCAACAACGCUGCAGAAUAUGAAGCCCUCAUCUACGGACUGAAGUUGGCGUCCGAGCUGAAGGUUCAAAACAUUCAGGUUUUCAGCGACUCUCAGCUCGUUGUGGGCCAGGUAAAUGGUAGUUGUGACAUCAGGGAUCCCCAGCUCGGUCGUUAUGCCUCCGUGGUCAACAGAUUGAAAUCGACAUUUGUUCUUUUCCAAAUUGAUAAAAUAUCAAGAGCGGAUAACCACCGAGCUGACGAGUUGUCAAAGCUGGCUUCCUCGCGAGACCUUAGCCCUCACAGAUCGACAAUUGUCGAGACGCUUGACACCCCGAGCUACGCCGAUUCCAUAGUCGAAUGCCAGCUGCUGAGCACAGACCCCUCUGCACCGAGCUGGACCACCCCGCUCAUAAAUUAUUUGCAGAAUGGUGAGCUACCUGAAGACCAGGCCGCUGCAAAAUUGAUUAAGCGCAGGGCGGCACAUUUCACAUUGUUAAAUAACCAGCUCUAUAAACGAGCAGCCUCAAUGCCCCUGCUACGCUGCCUUACUCCUUAUGAAGCCGAAUACGCCGUCAGAGAAGUUCAUGAAGGAGUAUGUGGCACACACAUAGGCGGUAGGACUCUAGCUCGGAAGCUCCUGAGGCAUGGAUAUUACUGGCCAACCAUGGUUGAAGAUGCGCAGAGCUAUGUAAAAAAAUGCCCGACCUGCCAGUUCAAUGCUGAUGAUAUUCACAUGCCAGGGGAAAUGAUAUCAUCUCUUACAUCCCCCUGGCCCUUUGCUCAAUGGGGUGUCGACCUGCUCGGCCCUUUCAUCAAAGGCAAAGGAGGCUGCACCUUCCUGGUCGUUGCAGUGGAUUACUUCACUAAAUGGAUAGAAGCCAAACCAUUGUCCACGAUAACGGAAAGGAAAAUAGAAGAAUUCUUUUUCAAUUCAAUAUUGUGCAUGUUCAGCAUACCUAAGAGGAUUAUUGUCGACAAUGGGCCACAGUUCCGAGCAGCAGCACUGAGGUCGUUCUGUGACGACUAUGGCAUUGAGCUUUCGUUGACGUCUGUAUACACCCCGCGGUCAAACGGACAGGCUGAGUCCGCCAAUAAGAUAGUUUUGCGAGGUCUCAAGACACGUGUUAUAUCCGCAUGUUCUAACUGGGUUGACGAGCUCAAUAAAGUUCUUUGGUCAUGUCGCACAACGCCCAGCUCGGCUACGGGUGAAACCCCGUUCAGCCUGGCCUAUGGAGCUGAGGCCGUCGUCCCUGUCGAGGUCGGGCUGCCGUCUGCUAGAUCAUGUCAUAAUGACGACCAGAAUAAUGGGCAACUCAUAAGAGAAAACCUAGACCUAGUGGAGGAAGUCAGAGAAAUGGCUCGAAUUAGAAACAUGGCACACCAAGGCAGUGUUGCAAGAUUCUACAAUAGAAGUGUCCGAGCUCGUCAGUUUCAGGUUGGCGAUCUGGUAUUACGUAAGGCUGGAUUAACUAACACAUACUCCCAUUUGGGCAAGCUCGCUCCUAAUUGGGAAGGUCCAUACAUGGUUGCUCAGGUUAACCGACCUGGCUCUUACGUAUUAGCAGAUAUGAACGGGCGCCAGUUACCGUUCACAUGGAACGUUCAGAACCUUAGAAAAUUUUACAGUUGAUUUGUAUUAUCGUGGAAAAUUUGCAUAAUGUAUGAGCAAGUAUUGGAAAUAGU